CCCUUAAAUACAUUAGGUUAAUUUAAGCACAAAGAUUAUGGUAAAUUAGUUAUGAGGCAGAGACCACAAUUUAAUUCUGUGUGACUAAAAAAAUGGCCUUCUUCCAUUUCUCUCUCUCCCUCAUUCCAAUGUUCCCUUCUGUGUUGUACUAAUAAUUCAAAGCAGCAAAGUUAAGAGCAUCCAGUAAACCAUGUUCCUUUCUCCUUCUCCACUUUCUCUCCUUUGUGCUUUCAUCCUCUGUUUCCCACUCGCCUUUUUCCUCACCGUGAAAACCACUCUCCCUGCCGGAAUCCGAAAUUACCACCCGUCCCGAAAUGGAAGACAGCCGUCGUUACUUCUUCCGUCAUCGCCGCCGGCCGGGAGAAGGCAGCCGCUUCACCAGCUUCCGCCCUUCAUUGACGGGUCGAAGAAAACCGGAAACCUCCCGGUUCGGGUUAGAGAACGGCGGAAGCCUGCCGGAAGGCCCAGGAAGCUGGCCUUCAUGUUCUUGACCACCACCCCCGCUGCCGUUUGCGCCGCUGUGGGAGCUCUUCUUCCGCGACGCGCCGGCGGAUCUGUACAACGUGUACGUCCACGCGGACCCGACGUACAACUACACCACGCCGUUCACCGGCGUUUUCUCCGGCCGGGUCAUCCGGUCCUCGAAGCCCACUCGCCGGCUCACGCCCACGCUCGCUGCGGCGGCGCGUCGGCUUCUCGCGGAGGCGCUGGUGCAUGACAAGUCGAACCACAUGUUCGCCCUCCUCUCGCCGCAAUGCAUCCCGCUCCACUCCUUCAAUUUCACAUACGCCGCUGUGGCCGGGUCCGAGCGGAGUUUCAUAGAAGUUCUGGCGAACGAGUCGUGGGCGAUUCGGCGGUGGUCGGAGCGUGGGGAGACGGCGAUGCUGCCGGAGGUGAAGUUCGAGGAUUUCCGGAUCGGGUCCCAGUUCUUUAUCCUGACACGUAAGCACGCCAUGAUUGUCGUCCGUGACCGGAUCUUGUGGCCGAAGUUCUCGCUGCCGUGCGUGGCGGCUGACGAGUGUUACCCGGAAGAGCAAUACUUCCCUACGCUCCUGAACAUGGUAGACCCGCAGGGGUGCACGUCAGCAACGUUGACCCACGUUGACUGGAGCGAGAGCCACGAGGGACACCCCCGGACCUAUAAUGCAACCGAGGUGGGCCCAGAGCUGAUCAGGAGCCUUCGGAUGGACCGCCCGCGGUACGGGAAUGAGGAGAUGAACGGCUCGGAUCCGUCCCUGGUGAACCGGCAUGACCCGUUCUUGUUUGCUAGGAAGUUCUCUCCCGGCUCGCUCGGCCGGCUCAUGGCUAUUGCCAAAGAGUCCAUCUUAAAAGAUUAAUUAAUGGGAAAGAAUCUCGCAUUUCUGUAACUGAGUUUUUUUUUACUAUUCAGAAAGUAAUAUUUUCAAUAUUCGGUCAAAAAUGCAUAAAGACGGUGAAACCGUGUGCAGAAAGUAAUGUGGAAAUUUUAAACGUUAACCAAUUGUAAUUAAAGUUAUUUUAUACUUCCUCCUUUAUUUUUUAUUUUUUAGUUGUAACAUUCCUUUAUUCACGUUUGUCAACGCACACCUUUUAGUGUCAUUA